GGGGAUAUCUGUACUGUUCUGACAUUUGGGGGAUAUCUGUACUGUUCUGACAUUUGGGGGGAUAUCUGUACUGUUCUGACAUUUGGGGGAUAUCUGUACUGUUCUGACAUUUGGGGGGAUAUCUGUACUGUUCUGACAUUUGGGGGAUAUCUGUACUGUUCUGACAUUUGGGGGGAUAUCUGUACUGUUCUGACAUUUGGGGAAUAUCUGUACUGUUCUGACAUUUGGCGGAUAUCUGUACUGUCUUGACAUUUGGGGGAUAUCUGUCCCGUCCUGACAUUUGGGGGAUAUCUGUCCCGUUCUGACAUUUGGGGGAUAUCUGUCCCGUCCUGACAUUUGGGGGGAUAUCUGUACUGCUCUGACAUUUGGGGGGAUAUCUGUACCAUCCUGACAUUUGGGGGAUAUCUGUACCGUCCUGACAU